AUGUCGGGAGUCAGUCGGAAAGGUUCGGGGAGACGAGGGUACUAUUACCGACUGCUGGGUCGGCACCGGCUCCAGAGACAACGCAGUCGUUCGAGGAGCAGGUCCAGACCCACGAGCAACAAGGAUUCUCCGCCUGAGAGAACGGGACGGAGACGCAGCAUGCCGGGCUCCGCCCCUGAUAAAGCCCCACCCACAAUGGAGACUACGGCUGCAGCCACACCCUUUAGAGUGACAGGUUUCCUGAGUCGCAGGUUAAAGGGGUCUAUUAAGAGAACUAAGAGUCAACCCAAAUUGGACAGGAACAGCAGUUUCAAACACAUCCUGCCUGGCUUCAGACCCGCAGACAGUGACAGAUCUCAUCUGAUGCCGAGACUGAAAGAGUCGCGCUCUCACGAGUCGUUACUUAGUCCGAGCAGUGCGGUCGAGGCCCUGGACCUCAGUAUGGAGGAGGAGGUUCUCAUCAAACCCGUCCACAGCUCCAUCCUGGGCCAGGACUACUGCUUUGAGGUGAGCACCUCCACGGGCAGCAAGUGUUUCUCAUGCCGCUCAGCAGCCGAGAGGGACAAAUGGAUGGAGAACCUAAGACGAGCUGUCCACCCAAACAAGGACAACAGUCGCCGGGUGGAGAACCUCCUGCGUCUGUGGGUCAUUGAAGCCAAGGAUCUCCCGGCCAAGAAGAAGUAUUUCUGCGAGCUGUGUCUGGACGACACGCUCUACGCCCGCACCACCUGCAAACUGAAGGCGGACAACGUCUUCUGGGGCGAGCGGUUUGAGUUCACCAACCUGCCGGCCGUGCAGAACAUUGCCGUCCAUGUGUACCGGGACUCGGACAAGAAGAAGAAGAAGGACAAGAACAACUACGUCGGAUCGGUGGCCAUCCCGGCGGAGGGCGUGACCAGCCGGCAGCUGGUGGAGAAGUGGUACCCGGUCAGCGCGCCUAACCCUGGCAAAGGCAAAGCAGCGGGCCCCACGAUCCGCCUCAAGGCCCGCUACCAGAGCAUGAGCAUCCUCCCCAUGGAAAUGUACAAGGAGUUCGCCGAGUACACCACCAACAACUACAUGCUCCUCUGCUCCGUGCUGGAGCCCGCCAUCAGCGUCAAGAGCAAGGAGGAGAUGGCCAGCGCGCUGGUGCACAUCCUGCAGAGCACCGGGAAAGCCAAGGACUUCCUGACUGACCUGAUGAUGUCUGAGGUGGACAGGUGUGGGGAGAAUGAGCAUUUGAUCUUUCGUGAGAACACCCUCGGCACCAAGGCCAUCGAGGAGUACCUCAAACUCGUGGGCCAGAAAUACCUCCAGGAUGCACUGGGAGAGUUUAUUAAAGCUUUGUACGAGUCCGAUGAGAACUGUGAAGUCGAUCCGUCAAAGUGCUCAUCCAGUGACCUUCCUGAACACCAGAGCAACCUGAAGAUGUGCUGUGAACUUGCUUUCUGCAAAAUCAUCAACUCUUACUGUGUUUUCCCACGAGAAUUAAAAGAGGUGUUUGCGUCAUGGCGACAGGAGUGUGGUAACCGGGGACGUCCGGACCUCAGCGAGCGUCUGAUUGGUGCCUCGCUGUUCCUGCGCUUCCUGUGUCCGGCUGUCAUGUCGCCGUCACUUUUCAACCUGACACAGGAGUACCCCGAUGACCGCACGGCACGCACCCUCACGCUCAUCGCCAAGGUCACGCAGAACCUCGCCAAUUUCACCAAAUUCGGAAACAAAGAAGAGUACAUGUCCUUCAUGAACCAGUUCCUGGAGCACGAGUGGACCAACAUGCAGCGCUUCCUGCUGGAGAUCUCCAACCCGGAGACCAUCUCCAACACGGCCGGCUUCGAGGGCUACAUCGACCUGGGCCGCGAACUCUCCACCUUGCACUCUUUACUGGCUGAGGUGGUGUCGCAAAUGGACCAGACCUCUGUUUCCAAAUUGGGUCCAUUACCCAGAAUUCUGAGGGAUGUGCAAACGGCACUGACCAACCCAUCAAGCGUUCAGGUGGCUGUGCCGUCCGAACGUGUCCCCUCACCUCCCACCCCUGGGUGCAGCAUCUCCACCGGCCUGCAGAAGAUGGCCAUGGACAACGACCUAUCAGGCUUGGUGGACUUCACGCGCCUGCCCUCCCCCACUCCAGAGAACAAGGACCUCUUCUUUGUCACGCGCUCCUCGGGCCUCCAGGGCUCGCCUGGCCGCAGCUCCAGUUACUCCGAGGCCAACGAACCCGAGCUGGGUUUAGCCAAUGGCGGCAAGAGCCUCUCCAUGGUGGACCUCCAGGAAGCAACCAGGGCCCUGGAACUGGCCCCGGCCGCGCCCACGGAGGGGAUCGCCGAGAAGCCCAUGGUGGUCUGGAACGCCCGAACGCCCCAGGGACACCAGGCUGGAGGUCCCACCCUGCACAGGCCGGGACAGAAGCCCACCGCCCCUGGAGGUGAGGGGGUCCCGGGCAGGCCGACCCAGCUCCUCGCCCCGCUCUCCUUCCAGAACCCGGUGUACCAGAUGGCUGCGGGUCUGCCCAUCUCUCCCCGAGUGCAGGCGGGCGGGGACUCGGGCUCGGAAUGCCACAGCUCCGUGAGCUCCCACAGCACCAAUGAGGAAGGAGGCGUGGCCUGCGGUGGCAAGCCAGCCUUCCCGGCCCUUGGGGGCGGGAGCGGGGCGGGCGAGGAGCUGAUGCGGCGCUCGGGCGAGUUCUCGCGCCGGCAGCUGUCGCUGACGGAGGCGCAGCACGCCGGCCAGGCUGCCGUGCCUCGGCAGAACAGCGCCGGCCCCCAGCGCCGCAUCGACCAACCGCCACCGCCUGUGCAGGCCGCCCCCCGCGGCCGCACACCGCCUGGCAUGCUUGGCUCCGCCCCUUACCCGCGGCCCUCCAGCGGCAGUGUGAUGUCAUCGUCACCCGACUGGCCGGGGAGCGGCGCGCGCCUACGACAGCAGAGUUCCUCCUCCAAAGGGGACAGCCCUGAGACGAAACAGCGAGCCCAGCACAAGCAGGCCCCUUCCCCAGUAAUCCCCAGUGCGCUGGACCGUACGGCUGCGUGGUUGAUGAACAUGAACGUGCCCUACUUGGAACAGGACACAGAGGCGGACCUACGCAGAGAUGAGCACGCCCUCAACGAGAAGUAUCAGGCAGAGAUCGCAAUCCUGCAGGAUAAACUGCGAGUGUGUCUGCUGAAGCUGGAGGAGUGUGAGGCGCGGCUGCAGGGUCAGGACGAGCAGGCCCACAAGACCCUGCUGGAGUACCAGGCCCGUCUGGAGGAGGCAGAGGAGUGUCUGCGACGCCAGCAGGAUGACAAGGACCUGCAGAUGAAGAGCAUCAUCAGCAGGUUGAUGUCUGUGGAGGAGGAGCUGAAAAAGGAUCACGCCGACAUGCAGGCCAUAGUCGACUCCAAACAGAAAAUUAUAGACGCGCAGGAGAAGCGCAUCGCGUCACUCGACGCGGCCAACGCCAGGCUCAUGAGCGCCCUGUCCCAGCUGAAGGAGCGCUACAGCCUGCAGACGCGCAACGGCAUCUCGCCCACCAACCCCAGCAAGCUGCAGAUCACCGAGAACGGCGAGUUCCGCAACAGCUCCAACUGCUGACGCCACCCCGCCCGCCUUGAGGUCGUCUGGAGACGGGAGACAGCUUGCUGCUUGGCAAUAAGGAAGAGACUGUAGGCCAAGGAAGGGCGUGUGGACUGCAGACGUCUGGACUGUGGAGGCAGACACGUUUUAUGGAUGGGUCUGGUACAGUGGUUUUGAAUGGGCGGUAAAUAAUAUUUGCUGUGUAUUGGGGCAAGGAUCACACGUCAAACCCCAAAUCUCUGGCUGUGAAAAGGUGUCUACUGCUAUCGGACAAACCACUAGAUCUCUGAACCUCUGUACAAAAGUACCUAAAUGUAAACAACCAAACGUAAAAAAAACAAAAACAAACAAAAAACAGAAUGACAUACUGGGUACGUAGUGCAGAUCUAUAGAUACUAGAAACUUGCUGUCCUGUUGUGUCCAUCCACAGUAGUUCCUGCCUCAGAUCUUAAAAGUUGUCAGUCACUUGUUUGGAAAGCGUUCCUCAUAGUCACUUUCAGCCGCUCCCGUUGAGGUGUGCUCCCAUGGUUCAGUGCUAUGUCCAGUGCUCCCUUCACCCCGUGCCCCGCCUGCUGGCACUUUCUGGAGCUGCACCAGUCGCCUCCUUCCUAGUGCACUUUGAGAGUUUGUCCAGUUGAGAAGCUUUAAAAACAAUUGGCAUGCAGCCCCUCGGUCUAGGCAUAUAAGGAAAAACAGAUCAAAUGUUUGGCUGGGCCAUUUCUAAACAUUUACAGAGGCAUGUCUACAAAGUAUGAAACACAAAACAGAGCCUCUGCAAAUGGCUGUUAACACAUGACUUUAGUUUUGAAAUAUAAAACCCAUUUUAUAGCUUCCAUUUUAACUAAUUGAUAUUCCCUGAGCCGUUGUUAACGACCUCAUUAAUAUAUUCCAGUUUGUUCCAAUCCCGGGUCAUUCUGCAUUAUUUAUUAUAGUUUGCACUUAAAAGUCUUUGUAGUCUCAUGGCGAAUUUAUUGUUUUUAUGUCAUUUGCCAAAAACGAACCAGUUCAAGUGUUCCGUGCCCAGACGUGGCAUUUCCUCACUUUAAUUAGCACGGAUCGCAGAUCCAGCGCAGUGUGAACAGCACGGACUUGGCAGCGCACACAAGCAUGAAUCACCCUCGGAUGGUAUUGUCCUCUUGCCCCGAUUCCAAUUCGGCCCUUUGCGCACAACCUCGGUCUGUUUUCCAUUCAUCUCGAGUCUCCAGCACCUGGCUCUCUCUCCCAACUUCUGCACGCUUUCUCUGAAGGUAGAGCCAGUCCACCCCCAAACCUAAUUAUUUUUGUUUUGUACGUGGCAUCGGCGCAGACCCACCAAGGGCGUGUGUGGGUGGGUUCAUGUUUCUGCACACAGAGCUUGUAUAUUUUUGUAUUCUUGCCAUGGGAAGCUGCAUGCACGGAUGCCGUGAGCCGUCACUGCGGGUUCCAGUCAGCCGGUCCGCGUUUGCCCGUGAGAAGCGUGAAAGGCCGGAGCCUCCGGAGCAGCCGGAGCCGCCUCUCAGGACACGGAGAAGGAUAACGUUAUUGCUGUUGGAAUGUCACAGUCUUCAAAGGGUUUCUCAGUGAUCAAUUCUGCUGUAGCAGGACGAGAGGUGUGUUGUGUAAAUAUAUAAAAGAAAGUUAAAUAUAUAAGAUCUAUAUAAACAUAUAUUUCAACAAAUUCUGGUAAUUUAGGACUAGAAAUUAAAUUUCCCAUAAUGUUACUGCUGUUUCAAUGCCAUGUGUACAUUUAUUUUUGAAUCAAAAGAUAACCAGUUAAAUUAUUUUACUGUUUUAUUCAAUUCAUUUUGGUUUGGUUUUUGGACUCUAGUUCACCCAUGGAUGUGAGGCCAAACUCUUCUCCUGCCAUUCUGCCCUGUGAAACGCCUGUUCACCCUAUGCACAUGUUUUUGUUCAGCUAGAACUAAAAACUCCAGUUUCCUUUAAAGGGCAGUUCCAUCCUAGGGAUCCAUAUCCCAGUUAUCCAUAUCCAGAUGAACAGAGCUCGCUUUUCAAGCAGCUAACUGGUUUUGAGAUAAAAACGGUAAGUCCAUUUGGUAAAAUGAACACGGGGGCGUAGCAGAUCAGAGCACUGACGGGCUAUUAAACUGGGUGGGAAAUGUUGCGUCCAACAGUUGAUUUGACUUUUGCGACCAGAAUCUAGUAGCGAAAUCGCGGUGCUUACUCAUGCAUCAGGGACCCGUCCUCUGACCUUAGCACGUCACGCUGUCUUUGUUAUUGAUUCUGCUCACUUUGGUGCUUUAUGAUUUCCAAGGAAUACAGCGUAGCCUAAGUCACCAUACACGUGUGGAGAAAGCGCGUUUUCUCGGACGAGCGGUUGCUCUUCGGAGCGGCGGUGUUGCGGGACCCCACGGUUGUUCGGGAGUCACCGGGCUUUCGCGGUCUUGCCAGCGUCUCGUUUGACGAGAAAGCAGUGCGCAGAUUUCUCUUGAAUGUCCCAGGAGCGCAUUAAAAGAGAGAGGGUGAGAGUGUGACGACGUCUCCAGGUUCCCGACAGCCUUUGGCAUCUUUGUAAUCCCUCUCACCUAGUUGUAGAAAAUGGCGAAACACAGUGGCAUUCACUCUUUACUCCACCUGUCCUGUUUACAGCAGUUGGUGUGGUAUAUUAGCUUUGUCAAGAGACGUUACACUAUAAAAUGAAUAUAAAAAAUAUGUUGUAUGUUUUAUAAUCCUUGCAGAAAGGAGUUUUGUAAGUAUGUUUAAAGUAAAGUAUUGGCUGGGUUGAGGCUUCUUUCGAAGACCAAGAGAACAAUAAUGUACAGAGAUAUGUCCAUGUUAAGAACUAUGAUAACGUGACUGUGCAAUCGAUGUACAUUUGCCGCUAGGAUAAUUAAAGUUUUAUUUAGCUAUUUUAUA